GGAACACUGAUUGACUCUCAAACUAAAUCGACACAAUGUCCAACAAUUCUGCGAACGGGCGACUAGCAGCAUUACUCGCCCCUCCUAUCCCACCCACCAAACUCGGUAUCUAUCGCGUCCUCUCGCCACGAUCAGGCGCUCGCGUCUCUCCCUUAUGCCUCGGUGCUAUGAGCCUUGGGGAUAAGUGGAACGAGGUUAUGGGUUCAAUGGAUAAAGAGUCAAGUUUCAAGCUCUUGGACGCGUACUUCGAUCGGGGCGGUAACUUCAUCGACACGGCUAAUGGGUAUCAGGACGAGGCGUCGGAGAUGUUCAUUGGGGAGUGGGCGGAAAAACGAGGUAUCCGGGAUCAACUUUUCAUUGCCACGAAGUAUUCAAGUUGCUAUAAAAAGGGAGACCCGACGGUCGUUCAACAUGUCAAUUACGUCGGGAACAAUUUGAAAAGCAUGUAUCUGAGCGUCAACGACAGUCUCAAGAAACUCCGUACGGACUAUAUCGAUCUUUUCUACAUUCACUGGUGGGACUACGAUACAUCCAUCGAGGAGCUUAUGGACGGUUUGCAUAAUCUCGUGGUGCAGGGUAAAGUGCUCUAUCUCGGUAUAUCAGACACCCCGGCCUGGAUUGUCGCCUUAUGCAACCAAUACGCAAAAGAACAGGGGAAGACGCCGUUUGUCGUGUACCAAGGUGAAUGGAGCGUCAUGCAGAGAUCGUUUGAAAGGGAUAUUAUUCCGAUGGCUCGUCAUUUCGGCAUGGCCCUCGCACCAUGGGGUGUCCUUGCUCACGGGAGACUUCGAACUGAUGCCGAAGAGGAACGACGGAGAGACACUGGAGAGCAAGGUCGGAAGCUCAUGAUGGAGUGGGAAAGAACACCUGAACAAGUGAAGAUGGUUCAUGCUCUAGAGAAGCUGGCGAACGAGGUUGGUGCGAAGAGCAUAUCUGCAGUCGCCAUCGCGUAUGUGAUGCACAAGUCUACUCACGUCUUCCCAAUCAUCGGUGGGCGCAAAAUCGAACACCUCGAGCAAAACUUGGAGGCUCUCGACAUUAAUUUGAGCAACGAACAAAUCAAAUCUUUGGAGAGUCAGGCUCCGUUUGAUCCUGGUUUCCCUUUGAGCAUGAUUGGCGAUGGUGCUGAACCAAGCUUCCUGCUUAAGUCGGCAGCUUAUCUUCAGAGGGCACCACCUCCCAAACCGUUCCCUGCCCCCGAGUUGCCAAAAACAGGCAUGUAAGGACAAAAGCUUGACAAAAGCGGUUAAAUUUUGUUAG